AGAGUCGCGCGUCUGAGGCGAAUCUCUCUCACACGGCGGGAAUAAAGUGAAGCUUUCGGUUCAAUGAGGCUCUCGUGGAACUCUUGGAGUCCUCCAGCAGCAUCGCCAGAGCACACUCGGGUACCAUUACUCCCCGCGCGUCAUGUCUCACCCUGAGCGAUGGGCAAGUUCGACGAGCACGAGAGGAUAAUCCUCAACGUCGGGGGCACGAGGCACGAAACCUACCGGACCACACUGAAGACCCUGCCGGGCACGCGUCUGGCCCUUCUCGCCUCCAAGUCGCCGCACCUCGAGUCGGUUCUGGAGCAGCUGCAACAAGUCCCGGGCUUCAUUGAGUACAACGCGCGCAACAACGAGUACUUCUUCGACCGGCACCCGGGCGUCUUCGCCUACGUGCUCAACUACUACCGCACCGGAAAGCUGCACUGCCCGGCGGACGUGUGCGGUCCGCUGUUCGAGGAGGAGCUGUCCUUCUGGGGCAUCGAUGAGACGGACGUGGAGCCGUGCUGCUGGAUGACCUACCGACAGCACCGGGAUGCCGAGGAGGCGCUGGACGUGUUCGAGAUGAACGUGGACAACGACGACGAGGACGAGAUCGGGAAGCGGCUGGGCAUCGAGGACGUAGUGUACGCCGACGGGACCGUCAGCAGGUGGAGAAAGUGGCAGCCGGUGAUCUGGAACCUGUUCGAGGACCCGUACUCAUCCAGAGCCGCGCGGUUUAUUGCAUUUGCCUCUUUGUUCUUCAUCCUGGUUUCCAUCACAACCUUUUGUCUGGAGACCCACGAGGCCUUCAAUACCAUCAUCAACAAAACGGACGUCUUUCGGAAUGACAAUUUCACGGAUCUGAGCCAACAAUACGAGAUCAAAACAGAUCCAGCGCUCACCUAUGUUGAGGGAGUUUGCGUUCUGUGGUUCACCUUCGAGUUCCUGGUGCGCGUAACAUUCAGUCCUGACAAGUUGGAGUUUGUGAAAAGUGUCCUGAACAUAAUUGACUUUGUGGCAAUUCUACCAUUCUACUUGGAGGUGGGCUUGAGUGGACUGUCCUCCAAAGCGGCAAAAGAUGUUCUGGGGUUCUUGCGUGUGGUGCGGUUUGUUCGUAUAUUGCGAAUCUUUAAGUUGACGCGUCACUUUGUUGGUCUGCGAGUACUAGGACACACCCUACGUGCCAGCACUAAUGAGUUUCUACUACUCAUCAUCUUCCUCGCACUGGGAGUCCUCAUCUUUGCCACCAUGAUCUACUACGCCGAGCGGAUCGGGGCCAGUCCGAAUGACCCGACGGCCAGCCACCACACCAUGUUCAAGAACAUCCCCAUCGGCUUCUGGUGGGCAGUGGUCACCAUGACGACUUUGGGUUAUGGAGACAUGUACCCUCAGACAUGGUCUGGCAUGUUGGUUGGCGCACUGUGCGCCCUCGCGGGCGUGCUGACGAUAGCCAUGCCAGUGCCGGUCAUUGUGAAUAACUUUGGCAUGUACUACUCUCUAGCCAUGGCCAAACAGAAGCUUCCCAAAAAGAGAAAGAAACACAUCCCACAGGCUGUGCAGACGGGAUCACCCUCAUACUGCAAAACUGAUCUCAGUACAGCCUGUAACAGCACACAGGGAGAACUGGGCCUGGGCCAGAGCAGAGGACUAGAGCGUCAUCGCUCAGUGUUGUCUGCAGACUGCAGUGCAGGAAGUGACAUCACAAUGUCUCCAGAGGAACGCAUACCCAUGCGUCAUUCCAGCGUGCGUGAACAAGACCGUCAUACUGAAGGGACGUGCUUCCUGUUGGCCGCCAGUGAUUAUACUUGCACAGCAGAUGCAGCUAGGCAUAAAACAGUUACUGUGUCACCGCUGGCUGACGUACAGUUUAUAUCGGCCAGAGACGGGGAAGGCGGGGCCAGCAGAGACUCAGAUGGAUUCGAUGAACUGGACUGGACAGUGUGGAACAGAAUAAGCCUGUGAUUGGACAGUUCUCUUAUGGACAUCUCGUUUGAUCGGCCUUUGGAAUUUCCUGUUUAUUCCCUGUAGAAGAGGACUAAAGCCAGGUGGCAAAAAAUCACGUUAUGGAUAGUGAAAUGUUUCCUGCUUAAAACAUAAUUGAUGUCUGCUCUCCAUUUAAAUGUUACAUCUGUAGAAAGAACACACACAUCCCACCUGUAGCUUCCCCUGUGUGUCAGGUAGCAGCACCCCCUCGAACCCCCUUCCAAAGCCUCUGUUGUUGCAAUAAGUGUUUUAAUGAUGUGUAGAGGCACAAAGUGUUUUAAAAUGAAGUAUUAGUGUACCAACUAUACUGAAUUACAGAGUAGAGAGAGAGUAAACAGGUUUAAUAAAUGUGACAUUCAGUCAUUAAUGCUUUUAUUUCUUUUAGUAUCUCUGAUGGAUUCAUCGCCGUCGUGUGUUGUGUGUGUGGAUGGGUGUAUAUUGGGGGUUGUUGAUUUGAAAUGGUACACUUAAAGACCCCAUGAAUGACUCAAAGAAGUUUUCUUUCCUGUGUUGACGCACUUCCUAUGAAAAGACAUUUUGUUUACAUUGUGACAUGUUUGAAACGAGUUCCGGUAGCCUAGGAUCGGCCACAAGAUGUAAACAAUAUGCGUGUUAACAUGAUUUUAGUGUGAAAAUCGCUUACCUUUUCUGUGCAAAGUUAAAUGCAGUUUUACAGCUUUGUUGUCAUGAUGACGUAACGCUGGCCUCAGUAAGUAUUAAGCUAAUAUUCCAUUCCGAACAUGUCAUUAUUGUCUACUUAAUAUUUCGGUAACACUUUCUAUGAAGCCCAUAUUUAUAAUGCAUUGUAAAGGCUUUAUUCAUGCAUUUUACUGCAUUCAUAAUGUGUCCUAAUACACCUUAUAAUAAGUUAUAACUUCUCAUAAAUAUUAUAACUACACUUAUUAUACAUUAUAAGACUUCGACUAUUCAUAGUUAUACUUUAGAGUAUAAUGCAUUAUAACACAAGCAACAUCCAAUUUUAUCUGCUGAAGUUAAUGAAGUUAAUCGUAUAAAUGCUGUAUAGUGUAAACAGUCACAUGGCUUAAUGUCAUAAGUUAUAAAUAUGUUAUAAGUGGUCUUUGCCUGAUUUAAGCAACAUUGCAAAAGCAAUAUCUUAUAAACAGACAUAACAUAAACUUCAUUACAGGACAAACUUAUUUUUAAAAUAAAUCUCCAAAUAAGAUGCUCAAACAUGAAAGUUUAUUGAACAGAGUCCAGUUUUGAAUCAGUUUGAAUUUUUUAUAUAAUUUUUUUACACCCAAGAAGAUUGGCUACAUGUGUGAUCAACAUACAAUUUUUUUUUUCUCGAACAAAAGUUCCUGAUAUAUUUUAACCUUGUAGCAUUACAAGUGUUUUUCUUAAUGUCUCAAAAUUUACAUUGAAUGUGUGAUAUUUUGUAUUUUGUAUUUUGUGCAUGUGUGAUGUAUAUAACAUCCAGCAUGUCUUGUAAUGUCUUAUAACCACUUAAAAAUAUCUUAUGGAUGUUUAUAAGAAAACAUUGCUUUUCUCACUUUACUUAAAGCAUAUUUAAUACAUUAUAAGUUCUGCAGAUAAAAUUAGAUGUUGAUUGUGUAAUAAUGCAUUAUUUUCUAAGAUACGUAUGGUUUCAAUUAUUUAUGAGAAGUUAUAACAUAUUAUGAGGUGUAUUAUGAGACACUAUUAAUGCAUUACUAAUGCAUUAUAAAUAUGGGCUUCAUAGAAAGUGUUACCAAUAUUUCUAAUUGGAAGUAGUUAUUAUAAUUCAGGUAGAGUGGACGUUCUCAUUCUAGAGAGCAUUUUAUUUGGAUAUGCCAAUGAGAACAAAAUGAUGUAAUCAUUUUUUUUGUGACCAUUUCCCUGUAAGAGAAAAGCAAUUAUCUGCUACAUAUAUAUGAUAUUCUGCUAACAGACAUGGACUGAAAGCCACAAAACUCUCAUUUUGAUUUUAUGGGGUCUUUAAAUGUUGAUUAAUUGCUAUUCUCUCCGCCUAGUGCAACAAUCAGAUGUGAUGUGCAAUAAUGAUGUGAAACAAAAGCUGCACCGAUUCACACUGUGAUUUGAGUUCAGUGCGUGACAGACGCGCAGUGGAGCUUCGCAAAACACACACGUGCUGCAGCUCUACGCUGACGACACGGUCACUCUAAUUAGAACCCUUCUGUACCUUCAGCCAUGGAGAGAUUAGAACUGUCACAUCGGUGUGUGCGUGCGUGUGCGCGCGUGUGCGCGCGUGUGUGUGUGUGCACAUGGCUGCGUCACAUUUCACCCCAAAAUAAAAAGGAAACAAAUAUAUUUUGCACAAAAAAAUAAAGCCUAUUUAGUGUUUUUGCAUAUAACACUAUUUUCAAAACAAGUAGCGAUUCUACCGAUAAUGCAAAAAAAAACAACUUAAAUAUCGGUGACACGUUUAUCGGGUUAUCGGUUAAUAUUUAUUUAUUUAUUUAUUUAUUUAUUUAUUAUUGUUGUUAUUAUUAUUAUUGCAUUACUGUGAUGAUAAAUUGGGGGAAAUGUACUUAAUUGUCACGAAAAUAAUAUCACAAAAGAAAAAAUCUGUAUGGUCCUAAAAACAGAUAAUAAAAAUCUAUAAUCUAUAAAAUCUAUCAAAUAAAAUAUUAUUAUUAUUAUUACUUAUUGUAAGAAAUACAAUUCUAUAUAAUCCUAAAAUUUUAUUUCUUCCUUUUCAACUUUGGGGUGAAAAAUGACUUGGACACAUUCUGAGAGGUUUCAUGAGAUUCAGUAGUGUGUGUGUGUGUGUGUGUGUGUGUGUGUGUGUGUGUGUGUGUGUGUAUGGAGGGGGGGUAUUUCUAGUGUCCCCAUAAUUCAAAUACUAAAUGAUGUUUUAUUGAAAAUGUAAAAAUGCAGAAAGUUUUUUGUGAGGGUUAGGUUUAGGGGUAGGGUUAGGGUUAGGGGAUAGAAUCUAUAGUUUGUACAGUAUAAAAAUCAUUAUGUCUAUGGAGAGUCUUCAUAAUGAUAGCUGCACCAACAUGUGUGUGUGUGUGUGUGUUUCUGUAUGUGUGUGUGUGUGAGUGUGUGUGUGUGUGUGUGUGUGUGUGAGUGUGUGUGUGUGAGUGUGU